ACUCUCAACAUGCAUGUCGUACUAUUUCUGAUAACUUUCUGUAGCAUCGGGGCGAUAUCUCCAGCGUAUGCGGCUCCUUUUCUGCCCAGCGUCGAUUUCAGCGAGAUCUUAACCACACCUCGCGAGAAACUAUUGCUCUACACCCACAAGGAGUUCUCCACCCUGCUAAAUGACACCUUGUUGGAGGGCGCGCUGCUGCUGCAGGGUAUUAUCGACGAUGCUCGGGCUUUUUAUCCAGGAAUGCAGAGUCCAGAACUCGAGGCCUUUGCCAAUUUCAUAUCAGCCACGAAGAGAACCAACGAAUAUGAUGAGCUGGAAGAAUUGCUCGAUCAGUUCGAGGAAAUGUUGGACUUCGACUCAGAUGAGGUCAGCGAGCCUCUGGCCGAGCUGCUCAACCAGCAUGGCUUUCAUAACUUCGAGGGAUACCUAAUGGAGCGCAUAUCGGGCGCCUUAAGUAGAAUCGAAGAGCAUGUCCAGCUAUAUAUCAAUAGCUUGUCCAAGUGGGAGCGCCAAAAGGACUCCAAGAUGGUCCAAUGGCUGGCCUCUUUUCGAAAUGAACACGAUAUUGACGAGAAGAUGGAACUGUUCCUAGAUUUUGUUGAAUUUUUCGACUAUUGACGUCAAUUGAACUAAAUUCAAAUGGCUUGAUACUUUUCAAUAAGAAUAUUGUUAAUUUAA